AUGAGAUCUACCUUCCUGGGCAGGACCCCGACAGCCCAGCACCCCGGCUUUCUGCUUCUUCUGCUCUCUCUCUGGCUACACCCAGGUGCUGUAGGCAAAGAGUUGAAGUGUGCAACACUGGUAUUUCGGCAUGGAGACCGAAGUCCCAUUGAAACAUUUCCCAAUGACCCGAUUAUGGAGUCCUCUUGGCCACAAGGAUUUGGCCAGCUCACCCAGCUUGGCAUGGAGCAGCAUUAUGAACUUGGCCAGUAUAUAAAGAAAAGAUACAGAAAGCUCUUGAAUGAGUCCUAUAAUCGUGAACAGGUGUAUAUUCGAAGCACAGAUGUGGACCGGACUCUGAUGAGCGCCAUGACAAACCUCGCAGCCCUGUUUCCUCCCGAGGGAACCAGCAUCUGGAAUCCCACCCUCCUCUGGCAGCCUAUCCCCGUGCAUACUGUGUCUCUGUCUGAGGAUCGGCUGCUCUACCUGCCCUUAAGGAACUGCCCCCGUUUCCAAGAACUUGAGAGCGAGACUUUGAAAUCGGAGGAAUUCCAGAAAAGACUUCACCCAUACAAGGACUUUAUCGAAACUUUGCCAUCGCUGUCAGGAUUCCACGGACGAGACCUCUUUGGGAUUUGGAGCAAAGUCUACGACCCUUUAUAUUGUGAGGGUGUCCACAAUUUUACGUUACCCUCCUGGGCCACGGAGGAUACCAUGACUAAGCUGAAAGAAUUAUCAGAAUUAUCUCUCCUGUCUCUCUACGGAAUUCACAAGCAGAAAGAGAAAUCGAGACUCCAGGGAGGUGUUCUGGUCAAGGAGAUCCUCAAGCACCUGAAGAGUGCAACUCAGACAGAAAAAUACAGGAAACUUGUUAUGUAUUCUGCGCAUGACACUACUGUUAGUGGCCUACAGAUGGCACUAGAUGUCUACAACGGCAUCCUUCCUCCCUAUGCUGCCUGCCACUUGAUGGAAUUGUACCUGGAGAAGGGUUUUAUACUCAAAUGGAAGAAGGACGGUAACAAGAUCUUUGCCCCUUUCUUCUUUGUCUUCAUUGAAGACCUUUAUGGGGCUUUUGGAUGUGGAAAGAGACUGGACCUGUUCCAUACUGUCUACGUAGAGAUGCGGGAGGCAGCAGGUGAAAAUCGCCUGAAGGCAGAUUGUCACUCAGUGUUGGGAAGUGACUGUCGCACUGGGAACUUCGCCUUGGAUACUACAGAGCGAGUGAAGCAUGGAAUUCUAAGGGUGAUCCUCGCUAUUGCCUUUUGCCUGGUGUCUGGUGUCCUCGUGGUGCUACUGUUCCUUCUCAUCCGUCACGGGCCCUGCUGGCAGAGAGACGUCUAUCGGAACAUCUAA